UUGCGAGCUCCGAGGGCGGGAGCGACGCCGCCGGCUCCGGCCAGGCUCCCUGCGCUACCGCGCCGCCCGCGGCGGAACCCGGGUGGCAGCGGCGGCGGCGGCCGAGGCCGGGCGUGCGCCUGAGGCGGCGGCGGCGGCGGCGGCGGCCCUGCGGGCGGCCGGGAGGGGCGGGGGCAGCGGCCGCCGCCGUUUGAUGGAUCCGAGGAUCGCCUGGUUCCAGCCAGAGCAGCUCGGACCGUCCAACAGUCUGUGGAUGCAGAUCUGGGAGACGACCCAGGGGCUGAGGAACCUCUACUUCAACCACCACUGUCACAGCAGCGGCGCGAGCAGCGCGAGCGGCGGGAGCGGCAGCGGCCCCGGCAGCCCCGGCGGCACGGCCCCGGCCCCGGCCGGCAUGUUCCGCUCGGGGGAGCGCCCACUGGGCGGCCUCGCCGUGCCCGCGGAGCAGCGGGACUUCCUGCCCCUGGAGACGACUAACAACAACAACAACCACCAGCCGGCGGCCUGGGCACGGCGGACAGCGGCGGGCCCCUCGGCGUCGCCGGUGCCAUCGGCGCCCUCGUCCCCGCGUCCCGCGGCUGCACUCCCUGCCUCCGAGUCUGCCGACCCGGCUUCGGGCAGCAGCAACAAGCGGAAGCGUGACAACAAGGCCAGCACCUACGGACUCAACUACAGCCUGCUGCAGCCCAGCGGAGGGCGCGCGGCCGGGGGCGGCCGGGCGGACGGCGGCGGGGGCGUGUACAGCGGGACCCCUUGGAAGCGGAGGAACUACAACCAGGGAGUCGUGGGUCUGCAUGAAGAGAUCAGUGAUUUUUAUGAGUACAUGUCUCCCAGACCCGAGGAGGAGAAGAUGCGGAUGGAGGUAGUGAACAGGAUCGAGAGUGUGAUUAAGGAGCUCUGGCCCAGUGCUGAUGUCCAAAUAUUUGGAAGCUUUAAAACUGGCCUGUAUUUACCUACUAGUGACAUCGACCUUGUGGUGUUUGGGAAGUGGGAGAACCUGCCUCUCUGGACCCUGGAAGAAGCCCUUCGGAAACACAAAGUUGCUGAUGAGGACUCCGUGAAGGUCCUAGACAAGGCGACGGUUCCUAUUAUUAAAUUAACAGAUUCUUUUACCGAAGUGAAAGUUGAUAUCAGCUUUAAUGUCCAGAAUGGUGUGAGAGCAGCAGACCUCAUUAAAGAUUUUACUAAGAAAUAUCCUGUAUUGCCAUACUUGGUUUUAGUAUUGAAACAAUUCUUAUUACAGAGGGACCUUAAUGAAGUAUUUACAGGUGGAAUUGGUUCUUAUAGUCUCUUUUUAAUGGCAGUCAGUUUCCUUCAGUUACAUCCCAGGGAAGAUGCUUGCAUCCCCAAUACAAACUAUGGUGUUCUCUUAAUAGAGUUUUUUGAAUUAUAUGGACGGCACUUCAAUUACUUAAAGACUGGUAUCCGGAUAAAGGAUGGUGGUUCCUAUGUGGCCAAAGAUGAAGUACAGAAAAAUAUGCUUGACGGCUACCGGCCAUCAAUGCUUUAUAUCGAAGACCCUUUACAGCCAGGUAAUGAUGUUGGAAGGAGUUCCUAUGGAGCCAUGCAGGUGAAACAGGCCUUUGAUUAUGCCUAUGUGGUAUUGAGUCAUGCAGUAUCGCCAAUUGCAAAGUACUAUCCCAACAAUGAAACAGAGAGCAUAUUAGGUAGAAUAAUUAGAGUGACGGAUGAAGUUGCCACCUAUAGAGAUUGGAUAUCAAAACAAUGGGGCUUGCAGAAUAGGCCUGAGCCAUCAUGCAAUGGAAAUGGUGUUACGUUGAUAGUAGAUACUCAGCAGUUAGAUAAAUGUAAUAAUAAUCUGUCUGAAGAAAAUGAAGCCCUUGGAAAAUGUAGAAGUAAAGCCUCGGAAUCUCUUAGUAAACACUCUUCAAACUCUUCAUCAGGUCCAGUGUCCUCCUCCUCCGCCACGCAGUCCAGCUCUAGUGAUGUCGAUUCUGAUGCAACACCAUGCAAAACCCCAAAACAACUGCUCUGCCGUCCACCCACUGGCAACCGGGUAGGCUCACAGGAUGUCUCCUUGGAAGCCUCACAGGCAGUUGGGAAAAUGCAGAGCACCCAAACCACUAACAUACCCAACAGCACCAACAAAUCACAGCAUGGAUCAGCAAGGCUCUUCCGUUCUUCCAGCAAAGGCUUCCAAGGUACAGCUCAAACAAGCCAUGGUUCCUUGAUGACAAGCAAACAGCAUCAAGGCAAAUCCAAUACUCAGUAUUACCAUGGCAAAAAGAGGAAACACAAGAGGGACGCGCCCCUCUCAGACCUUUGUAGAUAGUCGGCGCUGUGCGACGGACUGUCUUCUGUGUGCAAUGAUCUCGUGCUCAGGACAGUUGCACAGGGACUCCUGGGACGGCAGGAGCCUCACACUGUUCAGACGUUGAUUUAGCAACUGCGUUUUUUCCCAGCUCGCCACGGAAUGGAUCAUGAAGACUGACAACUGCAAAAACAAAAAAGCAAGCAAAAAGGGGGAAAAGGCUGCUUAUUUGAUAAGUCAUGUGCUACAACAGGGUCAUUUUAAGAUUUAAAGCUUGAAUGUAAAAUAAAUAUAUUUCUCAUUGGCUUUAUGCAGAGUUAUAGGGGAUAGUACUCAGUGUGGGUAGGUGAUAGGAACAAAAAGCAGUUUCAAGGAGAUGGGUGGGAAGGCCAACAAGAGCAUCUCAUAGGAAGUCAGAUUCCAAGAGGGAAAGUGAUUUGUGCAUGUUUUUUUUUUAAAAAUAAUUUUGCAUAUAUUUGCCAUUUUACUGUGUGUGUAUAUAUAGAAGACCAUAUAGGAAAUUGAUAUUUGUAAUAGUGGAUUUGUUAAUACUUUUUACAUAACAUUACUGUUUGAACUGUAAAGGUUUUUUUCUCAGGAUUAGUUCACGGAAUAAUCUGAGUUGUCAUCCUCACUCAUAUGCAGGGAAGUGAUUAGCUCUCUUCCUCUCUUUGGUUUCCUCAGCGUUGAAAUGACUUCAUAGAACCCUUGUGACCUGCUGCGAAAUUCUUUCCUCUUUACAGAAAAGGUUUUAUGGUGGCAAAUGUCUAUUUUAUUUUGUAAAAAAAGAAAAAAAAAACGUACUAUGUACUUUGUGUGUACACUGACCAACUUGUAGUCACCUCUGAGAACUAACUCACCCGCUCUGCAGUGCUGCUGUCUUCUUGGGCAUUGGGCAGCAGCAGGACUUGUGUCUGUUUCCUUCGCAGUCUUUUCUCCCCUCCCCCCUUCUGCCGUAUAGGAAACACAAGGCCACCCUGGGCCUGGGCUGUUCCUGUCACAGUGCGGCCUCUAGCUCCGCAGACCUCGCAUGCUGGCUCCCCUGACCCUGUGUGCGAUGUGCUUGUGGUGUCAUCUCUCAUUCUUUUUAAGUUCAUGCUUACUACUGUGGGAGAGAGUAACUGUAAACAGCUUUAAUUAAAUCAUACUUAUAAAAAAACUAUUUUCUUAUACUCCACUUUAUGCUUUUGGUAUUGUCGAUCUUUAAAAAUUAAAUGGUCUUUGAUAAUGGAUCGAUUUUGUAUUGCCUUAUUAAGACCAAAUACUUCUUGUCAUCCCAUUCUUUAUCCUCUCCUUUAAUGGACGUGCUGUCUUUAAUUAAAACUUUGUAAACACUGGCUUGUUUUAAUCAUCCUGUAACUUUUGGCUGUGGUCAGCUAUGAGUGCAAACGUGUAAUCCUGUUAUCUCGCCUGCUGAGUCUGAGACUCAGGUGGGAUAUUUAACAUAAUGGUUUGUACUUGCUCGUCAUCAAAGUGGCUUUUGGAGGUGAAAGCCCCACGUCUAGCAUCAGUGUGUGUGUGCUCUGUUCAGUACGGCCGUUUCCGAGAUGGGAUUCUUUUAUAUAUGUAUGUGUGAAGUACUGUUGGCUUUUAGGGAUUUCUUUUAUAUACACUUAUGAAACACUGAAGACCAAUCAGACCAUUAAUGGACACUUAGUGCAACUUUUUGUAAUGAGAAUAAUGCUAUAAAGUAAGACCAAAACCGGUGUCAUCACUGAAAUUAACAAUUUUCAAUAUGUUCAUAUUUUAAUUUACAAUGGGAAAGAAAUGUGUUCCACAACUGGAAAUUCACAGUACUGUGUAAACUGUGGAAGAUUUUAAAUGUGAUGUUAUUUUGACUGUUUUAAAUUUUAGAGUCACAUUUUAUUCUGAUCAGAAUUUUUAUCAAGAUGUUGAUGUUUUGUUGUUUGGAACUAGUUUGUCAUAACAUGUUGUGCAUAAUCACAGUAUUUAUUUUGUAGGGCUUGUGAAUGUGUAGACUUACGUUUACUGCUAAGGGAACAAUUAUUUAUAAAAUAAUAUUAAAUCCAGUAUUAGCUGCCUAUUUCAGACACUUAACACCUGCAGAGAUCUGUGUUACAUUUACCACACUGAAGUUUUUUUACAGAAUCACCCUCAUUGUUGAAAGUAAAUGUACUCUUAGGUGGGAAUAUUAGUGUCCAAUAAGCAUGUGAUUAUAUUAAGGUGGUGGUAGCGGGAAGAUAAUCUUGAUUCCAUUGGGAAUCUUAGGUUUUCGUAAAUUUAUUGGGAAAAUAGUUUUUCCUGUACUGCUGAUGUUUCUUUUUGGUAAACAGUAUCUUUCUAAAAGAAAAAGCAUGAAGGAGAAUUGAGGUGUGUAUACAUUUCCUCAGAUGACCAGCAUUGUAUUCGUGAAUACUGUGUAUCUAGAAUGAACAGCACGGAAGCUGUUCAUUUUUCAACCUGAAGUAAAAUACUUUCAAGAA